GCGGGUGACAUUAUCAUUUGUCCUCCUUGUGCCGCAUAAAUCCCUACUUCCUUCUGCCGAAACCAAUUGCCUCUUGACGGUCGCGUUUCUAUCAGAUUAGCAAAUUAGGAUUGUAUUCGGAUCCCCUUCCGAUAAGUGGAUCGGAGAUGGGAGGAGGCAAUGGCCAAAAGUCGAAGAUGGCCCGUGAGAAGAACAUGGAGAAGCAAAAAGCUGCUGCUAAAGGAAGCCAGUUGGAUUCGAACAAGAAAGCAAUGACGAUCCAGUGCAAAGUAUGCAUGCAAACAUUCAUGUGUACAACUUCAGAGGUGAAGUGCAGGGAGCAUGCGGAGGCAAAGCACCCCAAGUCGGAUAUGUACGCAUGUUUUCCCCAUCUUAAGAAAUGAAUGAAAGUGGAGGGUUACUUACAGAUAGGUCGGGGCACUAUGUUUACUUAUGUAAAUCUUUAUUAUGGUUACCCCAAAUACUUGCAAAUCAAUUAGUUAGACAAAUGUGUUUUAUCUUUGAAGGUGAAACUGGUUUGAUCUGUGUAUCGUCAAUCUGAGUGUUCGAACAUUCUGUCUCUUUGUUGAGGUGGAAUACUAAAGUUCAGCCAAGGGCUAAUUAGUAACACCUCAAUGAAGUACAUCUGCUGUUGUUUGGACGAGAAGGAUCAAGUAUUGUUGAAUUUCUUAAUGUUCCUGAGUAUUAAGUAUAAUAGCUCAUCGAUUCAACAA